GCUGGCAAGAUGGUGGCGCGCAGGAGGAAGCGCGCGGCGCGGGGCUCAGAGGAGGGGCUUACGAGCCCGCCGGGCUACUCAGCCAUUCCGAUCAAGUUCUCUGAAAAGCAGCAGGCUUCUCAUUACCUCUAUGUGAGAGGGCACCGAGUUCGAGAAGGCACCAAGUCUUCCUGGCCUCAGAAGCGGACCCUUUUUGUCCUCAAUGUGCCCCCAUAUUGCACAGAGGAGUGCCUGUCCCGCCUCCUGUCCCCCUGCGGCCCCGUCCAGUCUGUGGAGUUACAGGAGAAGCCGGACCUUGCCGAGACCGCAAAGGAGCCCAAGUCGAAGUUUUUUCACCCCAAGCCGGUUCCGGGGUUCCAGGUAGCCUACGUGGUGUUCCAGAAGCCAGGGGGGGUGUCAGCUGCCUUGGCCUUGAAGGGCCCCCUGCUGGUCUCGACAGAGAGUCACCCCGUGAAGAGCGGCGUUCACAAGUGGAUCCGUGACUACAGAGACUCCGUGCUGGACCCCGAGGCCCUGAGGGUCGAGGUGGACACGUUCAUGGAGACCUAUGACAAGAAGAUGGCUGAGGAGGAGGCUAAGGCCCAGGAGGAGGAAGGGGUCCCGGACGAGGAGGGCUGGGUGAAGGUGACCCGCCGGGGCCGGCGGCCCGUGCUCCCCCGGACGGAGGCAGCCAGCCUGCGGGUGCUGGAGCGGGAGAAACGGAAGCGCGCCCGCAAGGAGCUGCUCAACUUCUACGCCUGGCAGCACCGCGAGACCAAGAUGGAGCAUCUAGCACAGCUGCGCAAGAAGUUCGAGGAGGACAAGCAGAGGAUUGAACUGAUGCGGGCCCAACGCAAAUUCCGCCCUUACUGAGCUGUGCUGGCCCACGGGCCCCACGGAGAGGGGUAGUGAACGGGUGGCCUGGCCAGUGCGGACAUGAGGGCCUGGAAUGCUCGUCUCAGAGGCUGUGCCCAGGCCGAGGGGCCGCCACGUCAGACAGCCCCAAAGAGCUGAGCCACACGGGGUGGGGUGAAGGACUCUGUCACCCCUCUGUUCUGGUGCUUGGGGCCCCGUGCUGUGGAGGCCUGCCCAGCGUGAGGACUUGGCCCUCAGGAAGCUGCCGGCCCAGGAGUCGCUCCUUCCCUCUCCUUGUCUGUUCCCAGCCUGGCUCUGGACUCUCCUCUCAAGGCUGCGUCUGCUGUGUUCUCCCCUUGCCCUCAGUGGAAAACUCCCGCUGCAGUGAAACAGCCUCCAGAGCAGUGAGAAUACAAGAAUGAUUUCUCUUUCAUCCAGUCCGGGAGCGGGAAAAGGCUACAGGAGCUGCUGGGCUGCAGGCCCCUCCUUCCUCCAGCUGCUCCCAGCUUCCUGCGGAUCAUCAGCCACAAAACAACUCCCGAAAUCCGGGCAUGGUCUCCGCCUUGAAGUCACAAAUGGUAGAGGCAAGAUCUUGCCCCCACCCCUCCUCUCUGUUCUUCACAACCAGUGAGGCCUGGCCCCACCACACCUGGCCUGGCUGGGGGGCUUGGAAGCUGGGAGUCCGAGUGGAGGGCGGUGAGCAGUGGGCUCGAGGUCUCUGUAGCCCCAGGCCCAGGGCUACAGCCGGGCUGGGACCCUGUCCUUGCUCUGUAAGAAGGAGCUGAUGACACUGGCCACCUGCUGGGGUUGGUUCAUGUGCACAUAGUGAUUGCCCGGGACUUCCACGUACUGGAACCGCUGGUGAAGGAAGGGACGUACGGUGAGGUCUGGCCCAGGGGAUGUAGCUCCGCAGGCCCCUCUGCUGGGGCUUUCCCACGGCCUGCUGCCUCCCAGUGGCUUGGGAGUCCCCCACAGGGAGCCUUAGGGCAGUGACUGACCCACAGCUCCGUGGGCCCCCGUCACUUCACAGCACCCUGUGGGCAGGUCACCCUGGCUCUGAGCCAGUGAGAAGGGCCUGACUUGGGGGAAGUGUCCAAACCUUGGGGUUCUGGGCCAUUCUGAGUUGUGAGGUUGUAGAACUAGGCUGGGGAGGGGGCCCGUGGGGGGUGGUGCUGCUGCUUCUGAUAAUUAUACAACUUGAAAAAAAAAAAGGAGCAGCCUUUCACACUUGCUCCUGCCUGGGAGAAACCCUCAGGCCCGGAAGGCACCACCUGUAGGCCGGCCAGCCACACGUGGGUGUCCCUUCCGAGAGGACACCAGGUUGUCUGCUGAGGCCCCGGGGUCAGGUGUUUGUGGUGGGUGAUGAUGCUAAGAGGCCAGGUGCUCCCAGGGACUGGGCGGGGGCGGGUCACAGCACGAGUCCCAGCCCUCCACCCUGGAGGCCCACCCCCGCCUGCGGCCAGCACCCGCUGACGGGACUGGUCUGCUCCUGUUUGGGACCCUAGAAAAUCGUGGGACCCCCUCUGACCGAGUUGGGCUUUGCCCGGGGGUUAAGUGAGGACAAUAAAGAGCAUCUGCCAGGGAGGAGUCUGUUCUGUGCUGGUUACAUGUGGCCCCAGGUCUUGGGGGACUGUGACCACAGCGGGGGAGUGAGGCCUGGUGGCUCCUGGGGUCACCUGUUAGACCUGGGGCCAGGCCAGACCAGGGGUCCCAGUGCUGGAAAAGAGAUGGGUAAGGUGGAGCCCAGAGUGGCCUGACGCCCCUUCCCGUACCCCCACCGCCCUGAGCGCCGCGCACCUACCUCUUUUAGGACAGAUUUCAACGUGUCAACUGUGAAAAGCAGGGGCUCCUUGUUAGUGUCAUUCUCUCUCCUCACAUCAUAAAAUCCUUGGAUUGCUCUGGAAAACAAGAAGAAAUCAGUUCAUCUCUGGACUGCCUCCAUGCAGUGCCCUGCGUUGCAGGCUCUGAGAGGAGAGCCUGGGUUUCCCCCCGAUUUUCUCACAGUGGGGUCCCUUUGAGCCCAGAUUUAAUUCAAGGUGGAGCCGUUCAGUGGCUCACCGCGCCAGGCUGGAGCGAAGCGUCUCAGGAGUAUCCUGCUGGGGCUCAGGGGCACAGGACCUGCCCACAGUCACAGCCACUGAAGGGCAGGGCUGGGGUCUGAACGUGCUCUUGAGUCCAUAUUUUCUCUUUUUUAAAAUAUCUUUAUUGAGAUAAUUUUACCCAUUUAAAGUGUGGAAUUCCAUGGUUUUUAGGAUAUUCAGGUUUGUGCCAUCACCAGUCAAUUUUAGAACAUUUUCAUCACCUCAAAA